AGGUAAUCGGAUGUUGUUGAUAUUCAGGAUAAAUGUGCUGGGACUUCAUAUCAUCAAAACAACUGAAUUUGGGAUUUUCCUAAAAGAGGGAGCAGAGGAAUCUACCAAUUAAAUGAGAUGGAGCAGGGAGAAGACGUCUGAAGCUUUUCCAGUUGCUCCAGUCAAGAGGAGAUUACUGAAUUGAUCCUGUAAACAUGUUGUCAAACUCCACAAUAGAGAUGCUGAACAACCAAAUGCUCCAGACCACCUUGCCUGUCCUCUAUCUUUUCAUUUUUUCCAUCAGCAUUCCUCUCAAUUCAAUAUCCUUGUGGUUCCUCUGUCAUUACUCAAGACCUUGGUCUUCUGCCAUUGUGUUUGCCAUUAACUUAACAAUUGCAGACUUGUUGUACAGUAUCCUCCUACCUUUUCAAGCUAUCUACCAUUUACAGGGAAAUAACUGGCACUUUGGGCCGGUUUUAUGUCAAGUUGUGACUGUGCUAUUUUAUGGGAACAUGUAUUGUUCCCUUUUAACCAUGUCAAGUAUCAGCUUUGAGCGUUACCUAGGAAUUGUAUGUCCAUUGAGAUACAAGAGAAUGAGACCCAUUAGAACAGCUCUCCUGACAUGCAUCAUUAUGUGGGCAUUUGUUUUGCUACUGCAAAUUCCACUCAUGAAGACAGACCUAACCCUCAAUGUUGAUGAGCUGAAGAUAGUCACUUGCUUUGAUGUGCUGCCCAGAAAGAUGUUGCCUUCCAAGAGUUAUUUCAUUGCUUAUUUUGGCUCUCAAGUCCUUCUGUUCUAUCUUGUGCCUUCACUGAUUAUGGGCUUCUGCUACACUGCAAUCAUCAGAACGCUUCUUACUUCCUCUUCCUCACAACUCACUGAAACUAAGAGGCAUACAGUGUAUUUGAUAGUGGUGUUGCUUACAAUAUUUGUGGUGUGUUAUGUGCCUAAUAUUGUUAUAACAAUCAUGCAUUUAGUCUAUGCUGCCCAAGACAAGACUGUUUAUGUGGAAUAUAAGCUUUCCCUGGCAUUGAACAGCCUGAAUUGCUGCUUUGACCCAUUGGUUUACUAUUUCUGUUCCAAAGAAUUUCGACGGAAGAUACGAAGGAAGAUCUGCAGAUGCUUGCCCGAGACGUCCAGUGAAAAGCAAAGUAUGGCAAUAACAUUAAGAGAAAUACAGUGAAGAGUUAAAAAUGCCUUGGAUCUGAAACAGAAUGUACUAUUCAUUAGAUAACGUUGUUGUCCAGAGAGCGAAGCAGCUGUUCCACUUUGGAACUUUACAGUACAUGAAAUAGAGAAAAAGUACCCCAGGGAGCUUCUUUGUCAUAGCUAGCUUUAUAUUAUUCUGAAAACAAAUGGGGCAUAUACUAUGGCUCAAGGUGCUUGGUGGGGAAAAAAACCCCCAUAUAUCCCUUAGCUUAACCCCAUAUAUCCCUUAGCUUAACAACAUGGGACAUAAAUGAUUUAAUUAGUGAUGCAAGAAAAAAUGAGUGUAGGGGGCUUGCCCUCCCUUGGAACACAUUUUUUGAAAUACAGGAAUAUUUUUAUAUCCCAUGUGUUUAAUUCUGCUUUUCUGACUGAAAACAAUAAAAUAAAUAUCCAGUUUGGGGGGUGAAAGGGAGAGAAAUACGUUGAGCCUGAAAAGAUGCACAUUGUUGUCAAAGGUGGGAGUGAAGAGGAAUAUAGUUUUGUAAUAAAGAAAAGUAAA